AUGGUAUCACCUCAGAUUACUAACCUGGUUAUCAUCCUUGGGAUGAUGCAGGUGUCGAAGAAGAUACCGCUCGAUGAUCCCAAUACGCUGAACCUGGUCCGCGCAGGAUACUUGUUGAGCAACCUUAUCAUCAUCGCUGUGUACGCCUACACGCAUCUGAUAAUCAACAAGAAGAAAGAUAUGACGACCCUAAAAUAUGUCGAACAACCCCAAAUGGGAUCCACCGAAGAGCCCAAGCCCAUCACCACCACCGUCCACAAGUACGACGUCGACCAGAUGAAGUCUCUCUACAAGGCACAGCUCAUGGGAAUUGGAAUGAUGGGCGUGAUGCAUAUCUACUUCAAGUACACCAACCCCCUCUUGAUCCAAUCGAUCAUCCCCCUCAAGAGCGCAUUUGAAGGCAACGAGGUCAAGAUCCAUCUGUUUGGAAAGGCAGCAGUUGGCGAACUGAGGCGACCAUUCAAGGCGGCGGCUGGUUUUAUGAGCGCCUUGCAGGGAGGUGCGGCUCCUGCACAGGACAAGAAGUCAAUUGAGGCUGCGGAGAAGGCUGGUCGUGGGGGUUCUAAGGAGGAGUAG